AUGGAUCAUUUGUCUUAUACUCAAAAUGACUCAUUCAUUGAAAUGAAUUCAAAAUCUGACGAAGAUGAUGAACUUGAUCCUCGAAUUCAAAUCGAAUUAGACCGAUUAAAUUAUGCUAAUGAAGCUAUCAAUCAAUUAGAACUUCAACUUGAUGAAGCACGAAAAAUACACGAUGAAUUUAAGAAAAAAUCAGAAACAGAAUUAUUUCAAUUAGAACAAAAGAUUGGUGAAGCUGUAGCCAAAUCAAGAGGUUAUUAUGAUGCUCGAAUUAAACUUCGAGAUGUUAAAGACAAAUUAGUAAAAGCUAAAGAUCGAUUUGAAUGUGCACAAGCAUUACAUGUUGCUGCUAAAGAAAUAGCUAGUGCUUCGGCUGAUUAUAUUGAUGAAGCAGCAAGAUCACAUCAAAAUACAACAGCAUGGAAUGAAACAUAUCUUCAAGCUAUGGCAAAAGCAAAUGCAGCUGAACAAGAAAAAUAUCAAGCUGAUUUAGAUCAACAAAGUGUUGAAAGAGUUUAUUUUGAUAUUGAACAAUUAGUUUUAAAAUUACAAAAAGAAUGUCGACGACCGAUUAAUAAAUCAAAACCUUAUUAUGAAAUGAGAGUCGAACAUCAUAAAGAAUUAGAUUUUCAAAAACGUAAAAUACAUGGCCUUGAAAAUUGUGUUAAUGAAGCUAAAAGUCAAUAUCAAGAAUCAUUAAGAAAUCUUGAACGUAUUAGUAAUGAAAUUCAUGAUAAACGUCAUCAAAACAAAUUACAGAAAGAAUGUGAAGAACAAAUAAUAGAUAGAAGAGAAUCAUUAUCAACAUCACUUCCAACUAGUAAUAGUCCAAGACUAUCAAUACGAACAAAUUAUUCAGAUGAUAUGCUUCGUUCAUGUUUACUUCGUACAGAAACUUUACCACCUGGAAUAUUUACUAAUAUAAAUGAUCAAAAUUCAUCGGAAUACGAUGAAACAAUAAAGAAAACAGAUGAUAUUAAUAAUCAAUUUAUUCUUUGUCCAAAAGGUGCACCACGUAUAACUAUUUUAACGAAUCCCGAACAAGAAGCAAACAAAUUAAUUAAUAGUGCUCGUGACAGAUUACCAAGUUAUUCAUCACAAAUAUCACAAAGUACAACAGAUGAUGAAGAUGAUAGAAGUGGAUCAUUUAAUCUUAUAUCUGAUGACCAACUUGAUCAUUUAGCUUCUAUAUUUAAUUCUUAUGCAACCGAAUUAACAAUCCCAACAGGUACACGUGAUCAGCCAUAUGGACAAAAAAAUGAUAUUAUAUCAAAAUCUUUAUUUUAUUAA